AUGCCACAGUUAGCAACAGCAAAUAGUGAUCCCAACCUGAAAAAUGAUUAUCACUAUGCAACAAAUAGUCUUUAUCAAAGUGGAAAUCCAACAACAGAUAGUUGUCAUAGCGUAAUAAUUGAUAAUCACUAUGCAACACAUAGUCUUUGCCAAGGUAGCAAUUCAACAACAAUCCCAAAGCCAAUAACAACAAAUAGUUAUCCAAACGGGACACAUGAUGCUUACUUUGCAACACAUGAUCUCUAUCUAGGUGGAAAUUCAAUAACAAUUCGAAAGUCAAUAACAGCAAAUGGGGAGCCCAGCUUGAUAAAUGAUCAUCACUAUGCAACGCAUAGCCUUUAUCAGAACUGA